CCCCGACAACGUCGCAAAUUCCAGCGCUGUUUCGAGCCCUUCCCCGCGCCGCCUUCCUCUGUCGUCUCCCCGACCCUGCAUUCUCCUCUCUGGGAAGAUUCAAAUCCCCCACGGGCCACGGCCCACGCCACGCCAUCUCUACCCAGCCACGGCGAGCGCCACCGGCCCCGCCGCGCCGCAAGAACUCUACCGUAACGUAACCGAGAAACCCCGCCGCCGGCGCGAUGGACUGGUACUCCGACGACUCGGACCCCGACAUCGACGAGGACCUGCGGGAGGACCUCGACGCGCUGCGCCGCUCCUGCAUCCUCUCCGGGGCCGACCCGGACGCUGCCGUAGCGCAGGUCUCCUCCGGCCUCGCGGGCCCCUCCACCCCAGCCCUCGCCGCGGCGCCGGGGGCGGCGGCCGACCAUCAUCAUCAUGCCUCCUCUUCGGACGACGAGGAGGACGAGGACCUCGCCCUCGUCCGCAGCAUACGCGCCAACCUCCACCACCUCCAUAAUAGUAAGGCCUCGACCGUCCUCCCGGACGCCGCCCCCGCGCCCCGGGACGACGACGACCCGUCCUCGCGCCCGAUCUGCACGUGGCCGCCGUCCGACACUGACGAGGAAGAGGAUGACCUCGAGACGCUCCGCGCCAUCCAGCGCCGCUUCUCGCAUUACCAGUCAAGUACCUCCACUGCAUCGCCAAAGACCAUGAAACCUGAGGCGUCACAGGGAGUCCACAGUGACCUUUUUGCCGACAGGUCUGGUGAUGAUUUUGCUGUGCAGAAGCAAAAUGCAAUUGUUCCUCAUGGAGAUGGGUUUCCAAAGGCUGCGCUAUUGUUAGUGGAUGCUCUCAAGAAGAACAGAGCAUACCAGAAGUUCAUUAGAAGAAAAAUGGUAAACAUUGAAGCGAAAAUUGAAGAAAACAAAGAUCUCAGGGAUCGUGUAAAAUGUCUUUUGGGCUAUCAGUUAAGCUGCCGAAAAUCAGUCAGCAGAUCUUUAGGACAGAAGGAGGAUCCUCGUGUCAGGUUGAUUUCCCCCCUGAAAUCAACUCAGCCGUGUACAAAGAACAAAUACAGGAAGAUUCCUGCACUAUUUCUCGGCCCAGCUGAGAACCCACAUGUUUCAAAGUAUGAAAUGGCGCUGAAGCAAUUUCCAAUGUCAUUUAAGAAGCAACCAUGGUCAGAUGCGGAGAAAGAUAAACUUGCCAGAGGAAUAAAGCAGCAAUACCAAGAAACAUUGAUUUUGGAUUCGCUGAAUAAUGGAAGUGCUGAUGGUGACUUCAGUGCACUUGAUAUGGCAUAUGCACUGACAAAUGGUGCUGGUAAUUUUGAGGUGACUCCGGAAAAUCUUAGAUCGGUUCUACCAUUAAUAAACUGGGAUAAGAUUUCUGCCAUGUACCUUCCUGGUCGAUCUGGUGCUGAAUGUGAAUCGAGGUGGCUAAACUGUGAUGAUCCAUUGAUUAACCAUGAAGCCUGGACUGCAGACGAGGAAACAAGACUUCUACUAAUUAUUCAAGAAAAGGGAAUGUGCAACUGGAUUGACAUUGCAGUCACAUUGGGUACUUACCGGACUCCUUUCCAAUGUCUUGUUCGUUAUCAACGAAGUUUGAAUCCCCACAUACUGAACAAGGCCUGGACAAAGGAGGAAGACCUUCAACUCCAAGCAGCUGUUGAGACCUUUGGUCAGAAAUGGCAACUUGUAUCGGCUAGUCUGGAUGGUCGCACUGGCACUCAGUGCUCUAAUAGGUGGAGAAAAACCUUGCACCCUGAAAAGACCAGUGUGGGAAGAUGGCUUCUGGAUGAGGACAAACGCCUCAUGGUCACUGUUAAACUAAUUGGACCUGGCAGGUGGAGUUUGAUUGCUCCGUUUAUUCCUGGCCGAACACAAACACAAAUCUUUGAGAGGUGGUGCAAUAUUCUUGAUCCAGAUCUAUAUCUUGAUGACUGGCGGCCUGACGAAGAUUCCACAUUAUUGGCUGCAGUAUCUGAGUUUGGGCCUUGCUGGUCGAAGAUUUCUAAAACGAUAAUUCCUGGACGUAAUGAUAGUAUGUGCUAUAGACGAUGGAGAAAACUUUGUAAACAUGAAGUCCAGAAAGCUAGAGAAGCCAGACAAUUGAAGAAAGCUAUUUUUCAGAACAAUUUUGUUGAUAGAGAAAAAGAGCGGCCUGCAAUUUGCCCUCGUGACCUAAUAUCACUUUUACCCUCGAAAGGUGACGGAUGUGAUGUGGCCAUUGUAAGGGGUGGAUCUGAAAAGCAAGGGGAAGAGAACCACCUAGCUCUGUCCAAUAUUGUCAACAUUUCAUCUGGUCUUGAUUGUGUUGCUGCUAAUUCUGUUUUGAAUGCUAGCUCAAGGAGGCCAAGGAGAGUAUCGUCAGGACGUAGAUCAAAAAAGCAUACCGAAGGGAAUAAUAUUGCUGCGCCUGAUGAUCUCAAUGCUUCAUCCAGCGCCCCUAGCAGUUCCAUAAAGAGAAAAUCUACUACUGGUAACAAUGUAGCUGCAAAAAAGAGAUCGAGGGUAUCUAUCAGUGUUAAUGCUGAUAACGAGGUAGAGAAAAAUAGAAUAACAGACUCUGUGGCUGUUAGUGAAGAGGGGUUAGUCAAAAAGAGAACAAGGCGUCCAAAACCUGUUGGCAAUGAGGGGGCUGUCAGAAAGAGAGGAGGCUCUAAUAAUGAGGUAGGGACAAAUAUCAUAACGGAAUCUGUGGCUGUUGGUGAAGAGGGAGUAGUCAAAAAGAGAACAAGACGUUCGAAACCCGUAGGGAAUGAGGGGGCUGAUAAUGAGGUAGGAACAUAUAGAAUAACGGGCUCUGUGGUUGUUGGUGAAGAGGGAGUAGUCAAAAAGAGAACAAGGCGUAGUUCAAAACCUGUUGACAAUGAGGAGGUUGUCAGAAAGAUGAGGGGCUCUAUCAAUAAUUAUGAUGAGGCAGGAACAAAUACAAUGAUGAAUUCUGCGUUUGGGGAGGAGGAAGUAGUCAAAAAGAAAACGAGACACUCAAAACCUGUUGGCACUGAAGGGGCUGCCUCUAUUGGUGGUGAUGGCAUGGUCAACAAGAGAAGGACAGGUUCUGUCUCCACCGAGAAUCUUGGUGCUGUGAGAAAAAGGAAGAUAGUGUCAUCAAGGAGGAAAUUAGCUGAAGUUAAUUUGCCAACAGAGGAGGGUGUACCGAAUGCUGUCCCUGACUUGGACUUUCCUUGUGCAAUUUCUGAAGAAAGAGCUGUUGAUGUUGGAAAUAUGGAUAAAGGCAGAAGAAAAUCAACUCCGAGACCCAAGCAGAUAAACAUGCCUGAAGAGGAUGCUGAUAAAAACUCCACAUUCACACGACUUGUCAAUUGCCUGUCGUUUGCCCGUAUGAAAGGAAUCGACAGGAACAAAAGAUAAUUGAAGUUGAGAAACCGUCGCUUGAAAAGGGUUUAGUUUCACCUGUGAUGAUGGUUUUGCGCGUGGAGGUUGCAGUCAGUACGCGUGGAAUGCCCAAAGGAUGACGCUUUUUAAGCUGGAGUGUCAUCAGGCACAUUGCCUUGUGUGUGAGCAGCUCCACAGUAGAUUCCCUUACACAAGGGAUGUUUUUUUUAGACAGAACCAGGGUCAUCUGGAUGUCAUCUGUUGAUUCGAAAACUGGCACCACAUAUACAGAGGUCAUUUCUAUCUUGGAUGGGGAACGAAAUUUGUACGACCUGUUUCGUUGGAGACCCGGCAGUUUGUUUCCAGUUGGUGGUAUAUAGGUGUUGGGCAUUUAAUGCGUCGAUGACAGUUGACGGCAUCCAUUGUUUUAUCCAUACUCUGAAAUUUCUGAUCUUGCCCCAUCAAUUGAUGAAUCGCUACCUUUAUCAGAUUCAUGUCACGCAGCAGUGCAAGAAAUUCAUUAGCAACAUUGAGACCAACAAAUAGCUGAAACCAAAGGGUGCCUAGCUCCAUCUGUUCUCCGUGGGGACUUGUUGUUUCGUUAUGCAUUUUAUCAAUUAUAAAUUUGAUUUACAAAGUAUCACUAUUAACUUUUGUAUAUCACCUUCCAAUCUCUCAACUAGGCCUGGGCAAAAAGAACCGGAACCGAGGAACCGAACCGAACCGAAAUAACCGAGAACCGGAACCGAACUAACCGAACCGAAGGAACCGUUAUGAAUUUCGGUUCUGGUUUUUUGAGAACCGAAAUAAAUGAGAUAUUUUCGGUUCUGCACUCCAAAGAACCGAAAGAACCGAAAAACCCAAAAGUAUUAGAUUCAAUUUGUUACAUGUGUUUGUAACUUCGGAUGUUGUGUUAUCGACUUAUGUUGAACCUCUAAUCAUCCAUGUAUUAUCUAUGAAAUUAUAGUCAUUGUGCACUUGUCGUUGUU